CCUGUGGAUGAUAAGACGUCGGGUCUGAGCGUAAGCUACGCGCCCAGUGCCGCUUCCAAUAUGCCCGCUGGUCCAUACAAGUGGAGCUUCCAGGACGACUAUUCUGAUUUAGACCUUGCGCGGUGGGAGCAUGACCGCCUGCGAGAGUAUGUGCCCGAAACGCUUCCUGCUGAGCCACAGAGCAUGAAGACAACGCAACGGCCAUGCGCUUUGCUCCUGGCGCUGAUCUGGUUUUUCGCUGGCCCAUGGAGACUUCUUCACCAGUAUGUGGGCGCUUAUGAUCCGUGCGUUUACCCGGGAGCCCACCUCGAAGCGAUGUUCCGCUGCGCAAUGAAGUCGAUGCCGGAUGGCGUAAAAGCUGAGGCCAAUGCCAUUCUAAACCGCAUUCCAGGCCUACAGCUUCGCGAAGUUGUUGAUUUGAUGUGCAAGGCCAACCGGCAGUCGGGAACUGUCAUGUACGAAGAAUUUCUUAGCGAACUUAAGGAAGAAGACCAAGAGCCAACCAACACAGCGGUGAAAAACUGCCUCUCCGGAGUGAACAAAGAAUUCGGCUUCGCGUAAAACAAAGUUCAAAUGUUAAAUAGUGUUUCACUCACCGGUGCCUUACCUUGCUUUCAUUCAAGCGUGAU